CGUUCCACGAACUUCCAAUUAUGGUUGGUUAUCAAAAACGGGGAAGAGGUGCCGAUGAAGAAAGUUGGCGACAAGUUGAUCCCCAAGACCGAAGACGAGUUUGAUGCCGAGGACAUCAAAAAGGUCAAGAAUUAUGCAAAGGCAAUAAACAUGCUUUAUUGUGCCAUAAAUCCUGAUGACUACCGCAAGAUCUCCUGCUGCUCAACCGCCAAGGAGAUGUGGGAUAAACUUGAGGUGACGUACGAAGGAACGGAAGCCAAGAUUGACUUCCUCACCCAAGAAUAUGAGAUGUUCAGGAUGAAGGAGCACGAGAAGAUCGACGACAUGUUUGACCGAUUUUCCAAGAUAGUCAACGAUCUUCAUGCAUUGAAGAAGACUUACACCGACAGGGAUCUUGUACGAAAGAUCCUACGGAGCUUGACAUCUGAAUGGCGAUCCAAGGCCGAUGCCAUCUAUGAAUCAAUCGGCAUAUCAAAUGUCACCAUUGACGGUCUAAGAGGUAAUCUAAAAACUUAUGAAUCUACUAUUCUUAACCCGUCUUUGAAUGACCAAAGGAAAGGGAUAACAUUAAAAGCCGUCAAAGAAUCAACAAUGGAUGAAUCAAGCGACGAUGAUGAAGUCAAGCUUGUCAUAAAGAAGUUCUGCAAACUUCUAAAGAAUAAGGAAAAGGUUGAGGAUGGUCUUGUGUGCUAUGGAUGUGGUGAAGCCGGGCACAUCAAGAACAAAUGCCCAAGAAGCAGAAGGAAUGCUCGUCACUUCAAAAAACAAAUUAAGAGCAUACAUCUCUUGGGGUGGCGACUCCGGCGAUGAGUCAAGCGAACAAGAGGAAGACGAAGAAGCAAACCUUUUGUUAGAAUAAUAUACCAACGCUAGAGGGGGGGUGAAUAGCGUUUGAUCGGAGAAAUCGCAGGAAUUAAAAAAUUAAAAGAGAAGUAAAGAGAAGAGUAAAAAGGCACACCGAAU